AUGCCGGACGCGUCUCGGGACGUGCCGGUGCAUUCCUCUCCAGCAGUGGCGGCGAACGCGGAGGGAGACGAGAUAGAAGUGCUGGAGAGUAUCGAUGUUCUUCCCGUGGCCCCAGAGGACCAAUGGAAAUCUCUGUUCGACAAGUUCGACUCAGAGAGUUCAGGAUUCAUCAGUACAGAGCGGUUCAGGGACCUGCUGGCGGCCCACGGCUCGGAGCUGGACCCUCACAAGCUGGAGGUUCUACUGGCCCUCGCCGACGGCAACGCAGACGGAAAGAUCUGCUACCAGGACUUUGUCAACCUGGUGAGAAUGUCCAACAAGCGCAGCAACAGCUUCCGGCGGGCCAUCCUCCAGGGAAGUCGUCAGUUGAAAGGGGCCGGGGCCCUGGGGGAGGAGGUGGGUCUGGGUUUGUCCCAGAGGCUGGUGAGGCACAUCGCCUACGAGACCCUGCCCCGGGAGAUCGACAGGAAGUGGUACUUCGACAGCUACACCUGCUGCCCACCACCCUGGCUCAUCCUGGCUAUCACCAUCGCUGAGGUGGCAGUGUUCAUGUACUAUGGCCUGCAGUUGGACCGCUGGGUGCUGCAGGUGUCCAGUCCCCACUUCCUGAGGGGCCCACUGCCAUACCACCCCCAGCUACGGAUUCAGGCCUGGAGAUACCUCAGCUACGCCUUCAUGCACGCAGGGAUAGAACACCUGGGUCUGAACAUGGCCAUGCAGCUGCUGGUGGGAGUCCCUCUUGAGAUGGUCCAUGGAGCGCUGAGGAUAGGACUGGUCUACGUGUGUGGUGUACUGGCAGGCUCCCUUGCCGUCUCUGUCACUGAUAUGACUGCUCCGGUGGUGGGGUCGUCAGGAGGAGUCUACGCCCUGGUCUCAGCACACCUGGCCAACGUCGUCAUGAACUGGUCGGGUAUGAAAUGUCAGUUUAAGCUGUUUCGGAUGGCCAUGGCUCUGGUCUGCAUGAGUGUGGAGUUUGGCCGUGCCGUGUGGCUGCGGUUCUACCCGCCGGCCUUCCCGCCCUGCCCCAACCCCAGCUUUGUGGCCCACCUGGGGGGUGUGAUGGUGGGGCUCACCCUGGGGGUUGUAGUCCUCCAGAACUACGAGCAGCGUCUCCAAGAGCAGUCUCUAUUCUGGAUCUUCUUCUCUGUCUACUUACUCUUUGUCCUCUGUGCUGUCUUCUGGAACGUCUUCGCCUACAGCCUGCUGGACGUCCGGCUCCCCCCAACGCUGUGA